AUGGUUUUCACUUCAAUUAGAAGCCAAUCUCUGCAAAUAAGAAAAAAAAUGCUAGGUAGAGAUCUUUCAAAGAAUGAGAAAGUAAUGAUACCUUUUUGUUGUCUGACCGAAAUAAGCACCGGUGAAACUGACCUGCUGCCAAGGGUUGUGCAUGUCCGUCCUGGUGGCUAUUGCUGCAUGAUGAGUUCUUGGCCGCGUUUUGGCCACCGCUGGGUUGGUGUGCCCUGUGUCGAUUCGUGCGGUGGUAAGCGCUGA